CUCGCAUAUCAAAUUGUUAGUACUUUGCGCUCAAUCGUUCCAGACUGUGCGAAAGCAGCCCAAAGCGAGACUUUUUGUCUCCAAUUCAGCCAUUAAGUCUCCGUGAAAGCUGAAAUAAUACUACUGACAUGUAUUGGGAAGCAUUGAUUCUCGUUGCAAUUUCCAGUGUGGUGUAUCUUUUUGCGGUGAGCCGCUGGUCAAAACGAAAGUACUGCUUUCCCCCAGGACCGCGCCGGUUACCUCUGAUCGGUAACCUGCUAGACAUGGCAAAAUUCAACCACGUGACCAUGCAAAAGUUCGGGAGACAAUAUGGUAAGAUUUACAUGAUGACAGUAAUGAGGCAGAAGAUGUUUUUUGUUACUGAUAUUGAGUUGGCGUGGGAUGCCCUUAUUCGCAGAGGAAACAUAUUCGCAGGAAGGGCAAAAUUUUUUAUCAAUGAAGGCCUACAACCAGGAGGAGCAUCCAUCGUUUUCAGUGAUUAUGGACCGCGCUGGAAGCUGUUACGAAAAGUCACCCAUUCAGCUCUUCGAAUGUUUGGAAGCGGUGUGCAAAACCUGGAGGAAAAAGUUCAACGUGAGGUGGCUGAUAUAUGCUUUCAUCUAAGAGAGUCACAAGGUGUCCCUUUCAAUCCAAAGAAACGUCUCGCCCUCGGAGUGACAAAUGUGUUAUUUUCGUGCCUUUUUGACACGCGUUUCACGGCUGAGGACGAGCAUCUGGAAGAAUUCCAAAAGUUGAACGAAGAUUGCAUGCGUCUUCUUGGAGUUGGUACGUUGCUUGACAUGUUUCCUUUCAUGAAAUAUCUUCCGCUGAGCAUUCAUAAACGCAUUCAAAGUGUCUACAGCCUGAAAAAAAAACUUCUCUGGCCUUUCGUCCAAAAGCACAAACAGACGUAUGAAGAGGGUGUCAUCCGGGACAUCACAGAUGCCCUUUUUAAGGCAAAGUACCAGGCGGAAAGGGAAGAUUCCAAAGUGAGAGGCAUGUUGAAUGACACUUUGAUUAUGGAAACGCUGUCAGAUCUCGCUAUCGCUGGCUCAGACACAACCACAGAGUUUUUGACCUGGUCUCUUCUUUAUUUGGCGUCCUUCCCAGAUGUCCAAGCGAAGAUACAUCAGCAGCUCGAUGACGUCAUAGGCCGCGACCGUCUACCUCGCAUGCAAGAUAGAGGCAGUUUGCCAUAUUUGGAGGCCACCAUCUCGGAGAUCAUACGUCAUAGCUCUUUUGCCCACGUUAGCAUCCCUCAUCGAGUGCGAAGCGACACAACCCUUGGAAAUCACGACAUUCCAGAGAAUUCUCAAGUGAUUUUCGACCUCAGAGCUAUUCAUCACGACCCGAAACAUUGGAAGGAGCCUGACGCAUUUGACCCAACGCGUUUCUUGGACGAGGAACGUAACUUCAUUUGCCCGGCCACCCUCAGUUUCAUUCCAUUUGGUGGCGGUCCUCGUGGUUGUGUGGGUCAGUCCUUGGCUAGAAUAGAGUCGUUUUUAUUUCUAGCUGGCCUUCUUCAGCGUUUUAAAUUUGAGUUUCCCCCAGACUCCUCCCAGCCAGAUUUGGAACCACCAGUGGACCCGAUACCACGGGAUGUCUUGACACCCAGUCCCUAUAAACUGUCUGUGACUGAGAGACAAUGAAAUGCAACUUUGGCUCAGCUUGUAACUGGCGAUAGCAACAUAAACGGUGAUAGCAAAAUUGUGAUAAAUCAA